UAAAUAUAAAAAUCAAUGCAAGUAUCUUUCACCAAGAAAACCAUUCCAUCUUUUUUUCUCCUAUGCCAUUUUAAAUGCUCAUCUAUAUGAAAAAUGUGAAUAUCUUGAAGAAUUAACUUAAGCUAAAAGGUAAAGAAAGAUACGCAAGAGAGUUGUGUGUUCAUGUUAUGUAUAUGCUUUAACAACAACGAGCGAUGAUGGUAAAUGCGUCUGAAGAAAAGUAUCUGAACUUUUUUUUGUUUUGAAGAAAGAACUACGAGGAGUAGUCCUCUCAGAUUUGGAAAUAAAGAUAAGAGAGAGGAAGAGAUCUCAUCACUAAACCAAUCUUUUUCUUACCAUCGCUUUGAGAAAAAGAUAUGAGUAGAGAAGAGUUCAUGAACAUCCAGACUUGUGUUCUUAAAGUGAAUAUACACUGUGAAGGGUGUAAGCAAAAAGUCAAGAAAAUCUUGCAGAAAAUCGAAGGUGUUUUCACGACCAAGAUUGAUGCAGACCAAGGGAAGGUAACUGUCUCUGUCUCUGGGAGCGUAGAUCCUUCAGUUCUCAUCGAGAAGCUCGCCAAAUCUGGUAAACAUGCUGAAAUCUGGAGUGCUCCAAAGGGUAACAGCAACCCAAAUCAGUCUCUUUUGGCGAAUCAUCUGAAAGGAAUGCAGAUUGACAACGGAAGAGGCGGUGGUGGUAAGAAUAAUAACAACGACAAAGGCCCCAAGCAUGGUGGAGGUAACGGUAGUCCACAACAGAUACAGAAGAUGAAAGGGUUUCAAGAUCUGAAGCUUUCUCCGCAAUUAAAGGAUAUGAAGGGCUCUGUUCCUGAGAACAAGAACCAAAACCAACCAGGAGCUAAGUUCAAUGUUCCUGAGGAGGAGGAUGAUGAUGAUGAUGAUGAUUUUAGUGAUGAGGAUGACGAGUUUACUGAUGCUGGUGACGAGGACUCUGAUGAUGAUGAGUUUGAUGAUCUCCCUUCUCCUUCUAAUAAAAUGAAGCCUAACAUGAUGAUGAUGCCUAAUAAUCAACAGAUGAUGAUGAACAUUCAAAAGAACGUCAAUCUUGGCAGUGGUCCCACCAAAUACGGCGGUAGCAAAGGUGAACCUAACGGCAGUGGCGGUGGAAAAGGUGUUCAUAGCGGCGCUGGGAAUCAAAACCAAGGCGGAAGCAAGAACGGCGGUCAAAAUGAUGGUGGUGAACAUCCACAAGAUGGUAAAAAUGGCGGCGAAGGUGGUGGUCCAAACGCCCGAAAGAAGGUUAACGGCCGAGGUGGUGAACCCAUGGCUGGAGUACUCCCGGCCGGUUUUCUUCCCAUGGGAGGCGGAGGACCACCAAACAUGAGCAUGCCAAUUGGUGGUCUAAUGGGUAUGGGUGAUCCCAUGGGAAACAUUCCGGCCGGUUUAUGUCACAUGGGAGGUGCAGGACCAUCAAACAUGACUAUGCCAAUAGGUGGUCCAAUGGGUAUGGGUGGUCUGAUGAGAAAUAUUCCGGCUGUUCAUGCAAGCGGUGUACCACCAGUUUAUUUCCAAGGUGCUGGGCCAGAUCCGAUUCAAAUGCAACAACAACAGUACUUAGCAGCGGCUAUGGACCAGCAACGAGCUAUGGGAAACGAACGGUUCCAACCAAUGAUGUACGCAAGGCCACCACUGGCAGUUAACUAUAUGCCACCGCACAUACACCUGCACCAAUAUCCGAAUCCGUAUGAUCCAUACCCGUAUCCAUAUCCACCUCAUGCGAAUGAUCAAUACUCUCAUGUCCCUAACGAGGAGAACACAUCAAGCUGCGAUAUUAUGUGAUAGGUUCACUAAGUUUUAUUAAAUUAUCAUGUAAAAUUUGGACGUUAGUUAAAUUAUGUUGAAGUUGUUAUUCUCCUUC